GGCGGCCCCGCAGAGUAGGAGAACAUGCGCGUGUCGCGUCCCGUGCCCCGGCAUCGCGGCGAAUAGCCCGCCAGUUUAAACUCGUGUGUCGCAUCGCGCGCCAAAAUAUUCAAGUGCGUUUAAUUAUAAACCGUUACUGAUAUUAAUUCUUAUCCAUCAACGUUUUCCCCUUAGCGUCCGCGAUCGCGAACCAUGAACCACGUUCAAUAAUAUUAUUGUUCCGGUUCUUCUAAUAUUGCCGUGUAAUAUUUGUUUCGUUCGGCCGCACUUCUUGCGUACCGGUUGUGUUUUUUACUCAACGUGAAAAGCGAACACAUCCGAAGUCUAGUCCACAUAGCAGUUCUCCGCCAAUAUAAUUAGGUCCAAAUGAUAAACACGUGUGUAUUAUGACCACGGGACGUGCAUAGCAAAUUGAGAUGACUCUACCGUCAUCACGUCCCUUGUACGCUCUACUAUUGACUGCAUUGUGUUGCACAGUGCUUGGUUUCAAUGUGGACGUUAAAAAUUGCAUUAGGCACCAAGGGCCAGAAGGGUCCAUGUUCGGGUUUAGUGUAGCUCAACACAAAGAACGUGGACGAUCAUGGCUGCUGAUCGGAGCACCGGAGGCGCAGACUAAUCAGCCCGGCGUUGUCAAGGGCGGCGCUGUGUUCAGAUGCGGCACGUCCAGGGAGGAUGAUUGCGAGGAGAUACCGUUCGACACGAGAGGAAAUAACAACUCAACUAGAUCAAUUCAAAUAGACAGUAAGUCACGGCAAUGGUUUGGUGCAACAGUAAGAAGUUCUGGAGACAAUGGAGUAAUUUUGGCUUGCGCUCCGAGAUACGUUUAUUUCACGAUCAACGGUAAUAGAAAAGAUCCUGUCGGUACGUGUUACACUACAAGGGAUUUUAAUGAUUUUUCUGAGUACUCUCCAUGCCGAACACGGAAUUGGGGUCACCAUAAACAGGGUACUUGCCAAGCUGGACUUGGAGCAUCUGUUUCUAAGGACGGAAGCCGGUUGUUCAUUGGCGCUGUUGGAAGUUGGUACUGGCAAGGCCAAUUAUACUCAGUCAGUUCUGCAGCUCGGUUGCCAUAUUUACCGGCAAUACAAUAUAUCAUCGACGACAUCGACGAAGGUCAGUUUUACUCUCAAAAUUUGUACAGUCGACCUGAAGUUCUCUCAACUAAUGAAGGACCACCAACGGAAGAUGAUUCGUAUCUUGGUUAUUCAGUCGCUGUUGGGACUUUUGGAUAUAGUUCGGAGUCCGGUGCUGCGGUUGGCAUGCCCAAAGGCAGUGGACUCUUGGGAAAAGUUAUUUUAUACUCUACAAAUCUGACGAAUUUAUACAACAUUACCGGUGAUCAACUUGGUGCAUAUUUUGGUUAUUCGAUUUGCGUAUCAGAUGUAGACGGAGAUGGUGGUGAUGAUAUUAUAGUCGGAGCACCACUAUACAGCGAAUACUCGAAAAAUGAUGGGUCCUAUGAGACUGGAAAAGUUUACGUAUACUUGAAAAAAGAGGGAUAUACAUUUUUUGAACGAAACACAAGAAUGGGAUUCAACUCAAAAUCUCGUUUUGGACUAGCUCUAAGUGGCUUAGGAGAUAUAAAUAGGGAUGGAUUCGGAGAUUUUGCUGUUGGAGCUCCAUACGAUGGUCCACAUGAAUUAGGCGCUGUUUAUAUAUACCACGGUUCAAAAACAGGUAUUCGGCAAAAGUAUUCUCAACUGAUCAAAUCGGAAGAUGUGUCUCUAGGAGGAAGACCUAUUUCGACAUUUGGUUUCUCAUUGUCUGGUGGAUUAGACUUGGAUAAUAAUCAGUACCCAGAUCUGAUCAUUGGAGCUUACGAAUCAGAUACAGCUUAUUUUAUGAAGUCUAGACCAGUUGCCCAAAUGACCACAUCCGUUUAUUUUAAAUCUGAUAAUAAACAAAUUGCAUUAGAACGAAGAGAAUGUACAACCAAAGAUGGCACUUGGGUUCCCUGUUUAUUUUUAACUACUUGUUUACAGUAUACAGGCAUUGGGGUUGAUGAUCAACUUAAUAUGGAAAUGCAAUUAGUACUGGACGCUAAAAAACCGAAGUCUCCAAGAAUGUUCUUCUUGUCGGAAGAAAACAGAAACCUGCUGAAUCAUAGCUUAACCCUGGAAAAGAAUGUUCAAUCUUGUAAGACAUUCAACGUUUACUUAAAGAAUAAUAUUAGGGAUAAAUUGACUUCAAUAGAAGCUGAAUUAAGGUACAGAAUUAUUGAGGAGAAUAGAAAAUUCACUAGAACUUUAACGCCCGUAUUAGAUCUCGAUAAUGAGCUUUUUGCCGUUUCAAGGGAUUCGAUAAGUAUACAAAAGAACUGUGGAGGAGAUAACAUUUGCAUACCGAAUCUCCGGCUAAUAGCUACACCGAGUUCUGAAUCUUUCUUACUUGGAUCUAAUGAAAAAUUAAAAGUCGAUGUCAUUGUACAAAAUGAAGGUGAAGAUUCGUUUGAGACCACUUUUGAUAUGACUGUACCACCGGGUGUUAAUUACGUGAAAAUAGAAAGAUUAGAUGACAAUGAAAAUGAUAUACCUGUACAAUGUUCAGCUCCAUCUAUAAUGACGAACAACACUUUACAUUGUGACAUUGGAAACCCAUUGCCUCGAGAUAAAUAUGUACAAUUUAAAGUUGUUUUAGAACCAUAUCAAACUACCGAAUCAAAAGCUAGAUAUGAAUUCAAUAUGAUGGUAAACAGUACAAAUCCCGAAAAUUUAGAUUCAAUAUCAGACAAUACUAAAUACUUGGGAGUGCCUCUCCGAGUAGACACCGAUUUAAUUAUCGAAGGAACAUCAAAACCUGUGGAUUUGCAUUAUAACAUAACGGCAGAAGACUUUGUCAAUAUUACAGAUGAAAAGCAAAUAGGUCCACAAGUUAUUCAUAUAUACGGAAUUAGAAAUAAAGGACCUUCAGAUAUAUUAGAAGCUGAAGCCUAUAUUGAUUGGCCCUUGUUUACAUUGGCAGGAGAUCCAUUAUUAUAUUUACUCGAAAUGCCUGAAACCAGUGGCCAAAUCAAAUGUGAAGCUAUUGAAGAAAUCAACCCAUUGAAAAUUAAUAUUGACCGUAAAAGAAAAUCAUAUUUUGAAUCGAGUGGUUUAAUUUCCAGUGGCUUAGAUGCAUCUGUUACUAUCAAGGGGGAAAACACUAUUUCUAGUUCUAAUACAGUUUUAACAGAAACAAAAAGAUUUGAAGAUUUAACCGAAGAAGAAAAAAAACGCUUUUUGGAAAUUCAAAAAAAAGACGAAGAAGAAUCAAAAUCUCAAUGGGGUGAUGGAUCGUAUGAAAAAAAAAUUAGAUACCACAAUUCCAAAUUAGAAUCAAAUGUUGCUACUGGAAAUGGAAGAAACAGUGGAAGUAAUGAAGGUUUUGGUUCUUCGAUAAACAAUGUUAAUCAAGGACCAACAUUUACCGUUGGGUCGUCUGCAGGAACAGGAGGUGUUAUCCGUAAUGAUUACGAAUCCAAGGAAACCGGUUUAUCUUCUGUUUAUACUGGAUCUUCUCACAACGAAGGUUCAUUAGGUAGUGUAUCAAAGGUGGGUAGUCACGUUAUCACAUCAGGAUCAAGUAGUACUUCCACCGUAUUCAAAUCAGAAAGCGGUGGUGAGGCGGGUGACAUACAAUAUGGUUCAUCCCGUGGUGUGUACGGAGCUGCACAUUUCGACGAAACAGAUUUAUCAUCAGGAAGUUCAACCUUCAAUAAAGUAUUGCCUGGAGGUAGUACUUCUCGCUUUGGCCCUGGGUCUAGUUCCCAAGGAGGAUCAUCCGAAGGAAACACGUUACACUUUGGCACUGGAUCUAAUUCUCGUAAAGAAUCGUCUGGAAGCAUUGAGGGUAACUCGUAUUACGGUACAGGAUCAGACUUCCGCGGAGGGUCGUCUAUGCACACAGAAUCGUCUGGAAGUUUGGAGGGUACGUCAAAUUUCG